CCCGCUCACCUUCCUCGCUCCCCACCACUCCGUCCCAUCCCUCGCCUGCCUUCGCACGGGUGCGCCGCCCGUUCGACGGCCACGCCGCGCCGCGCCGCUCAGCUGCCCCGGCACCGGCCCUUCCUCGCCGAGCUCGGGAUCGCCGAGCCCGGUGACCUCUCAGCCAAGCGCUCCAGACGGUUGCAGUCUCCGCAGUCCGAGCCCACCUGUUCCCCAUUGGCUCAGUGCGCCCCCCCCCAUGGGUCGGUUCAGGUGUCUCAGGCAUGCGUCGAGGUUCCUUGCGCUUCAGUCAGGCGAGGUGGUCCUGCAGAGGCGCGCAUGGAUUCAGCCGAACACAUCUUGCAGUUCUACUGGCAUCUAUAUUAGCAAUAAGUUCUAUGAUCGAUUCAUGUUGAUACCAUUUGUAUGGAGCCGGAGUUUUCAUGCUACAGAUCACCGUUGUUCGAAACACAAGGACUACUACAAAAUUCUUGGUGUUCCCAAGGAUGCAUCGCAGGAUGACAUCAAGAAGGCAUUUCAUUCUCUUGCAAAAAAGUAUCAUCCAGACACAAAUAGAGGCAAUACUGCUGCAAAAAGGAUGUUUCAGGAAAUAAGAGAUGCAUAUGAGACACUACGGGACCCUUCAAAGAGGGAGCAAUAUGACAUGCUAUUUUCUAGAGGGUCAAGGGUGGAGUUUGAUGGGUCCUAUCAUGACACAUUCUCGGGAUCCAAUAAUCAGAGACAUAAUCCUUUCACAGAAUUCCGCAGACAGAAUGAUGGCCAUUUCUCUAGUAAAUUCUAUAAAAUAUUUUCUGAGGUUUUCCAGCAAGACAUAAACACUCAGGCAAAUGAUAUUAAGGUAGAGUUGAAUCUGUCUUUUAGCGAAGCUGCCAAUGGCUGCAUAAAGCAAGUGUCCUAUCAUGCAAAAAAUGUUUGUGAUUCAUGUGGUGGGAGAGGUCACUUGCCAAAUGCAAAGAUAUAUGUUUGUCCCUCAUGUAAAGGAUUGGGAAGAGUCACUAUGUAUCCAUUCACAUCCGUUUGUAGUUCGUGCAGAGGCAUCGGGAAAGUAAUAAAGGAUUACUGCUUGACAUGCCAAGGUUCAGGGGUAGUAGGUGGUAUGAAACAUGUAACAUUGGAUAUGCCAGCAGGACUUGAUUCUGGUGACACAAUCAAUGUACCGGAGGCUGGAGAUAGUGGUGGACUUGGUGUCCAGUCUGGAAAUUUACACAUAAAAAUUCAAGUAGAAAUUGAUCCGUUGUUUACCCGAGAUGGUGCUGACAUCCAUGUCGAUAAAAGGAUAAGCUUCACACAGGCAAUGCUUGGUGGAAAAGUUGAAGUACCUACUUUAAAUGGGAAAACAGAAGUGAAGAUACCCAAAGGAGUCCAACCAGGGCAAGUUGUAGUUUUAAGGGGGAAAGGAUUGCCAAAUCCGUCAGGAUAUUUGGGGGACCAAUAUGUCCGAUUCCGAAUUCAUUUCCCCUCGGUGGUUACUGAACGUCAGCGCAUGCUGCUGGAAGAAUUUGCAGUAGAGGAAGCUGCGAAAGAACAUAACACUUUUGUAGCAGGAAAUUGGCUUUAUCAGCAGCUAUCUACUGGUUAAUACUUACAGGUGGGAGCUAGUUGCAGAAAAUAUGACAAAGCAAAAUGUCAUGGUCGGAAUCGGCAUCCUCCUACUGAUUCACCUAAUGCUGAGCAAAGCUAUGAAUUAAGGCUUGGACCCAUGCUCAUUUGUGCUGGGGCAGUGGUGGGGCAACGUCAAACAGUAAAAAUUCUCCGAAGAUUCAGCAUAAAACAAUAAAACAAUGAGAUUGUGAAUCUUUAAAGACUAUUUUCACCCACUAGAGAUCACAAUUUUGAAGGUGUUGGUUAGAAGGUUGUUGAUUUCUAUGGUAAAAUACAUUACAAUAAUAUCUGCUCACAUAGUUCUGAACUAUAUGAAGCUGUCAAUUGAGUUGCCUUAAUUUUUUCCCCCUCUUUCGGUGUAAAUGUAAUGUGGAUGCUCUACAGUUGGAAUAGUUCAACGUGCUGGGUGAAAUUGAAUGUAUCUUUUAAAUUCA